AUGUUGCUACGAGUAAACAUUGCAUCUGUUACAUUUUUUGUUUACGCAUUACUGUUGGUUUCAUCUUACAGUUUUGUUCAUUUUGCAUAUGGUUCUUCUUUUAAUCAUUCUAAUACAAAACAACAUUUACAAGUAGGUGUAGAACAAGAAUUAAAAGCUCUUUUAGAAUGGAAGUCAAGCCUUAUCAACAAAAACCAUUCUCUCCUCUCUUCCUGGAAGAUGAAUUCUACUGCGACUACGAGUCCAUGCAAGUGGUAUGGAAUCACUUGUAACAAUGAGGGAAGCGUUGCUGAGUUGAAUGUAUUAGGUUUGGGUUUACAAGGUACGCUCUAUAGUUUCAACUUCUCAUCUUUCUCCAACUUAGUUAGUCUUGUCUUGAGGCAGAAUGAACUUUUCGGAACUAUUUCAUCCCAAAUCAGUACACUUUCAAAACUCACCCACCUUGAUCUUUCCGUCAAUAAACUUUCUGGACAGAUUCCGCCAAAAUUAGCUUCCCUCACAAAUCUGUUAUAUCUGGACCUUUCUGAAAAUCAAAUUAAUGGAUCCAUCCCUCAAGAACUUAGCAAUCUAUAUUCUCUCACUGCUCUAGGGUUGUUUACAAAUAAUCUGACUGGUUCAAUCCCAACUUCAAUUUGCAAUAUGACCAAUUUGACCCGUUUAGUGAUUUAUGAAAACUCAAUCUCGGGCGUUAUUCCUAGAGAUAUCGGAAGGCUCAGUUCUCUUACCCAGUUAUGUUUGUCCGACAACAAUCUCAAUGGAUGUAUCCCCUCUUCAUUGACCAAUUUGACUAGUCUAGCCGUUCUUCAACUAUAUAAUAAUCAACUUUCUAGCAUCAUACCUCCAGAUAUCGGGAGGCUCAGUUCUCUUACCAUCUUAGCUUUGUCCGGCAACAAUCUCAGUGGUUAUAUCCCUACUUCUUUAUCCAACUUGACUAAUUUGAACACUCUUCACUUGUAUGUUAACCAACUUUCAGGCAUCAUCCCUCAAGAUAUAGGAAGACUACGCUCUCUUGUAUUGUUCGACUUGUCAACAAACAAUUUUAUUGGUCCAAUCCCUGCUUCUAUAUGCCACUUGACUAACCUCAGCUUUUUUUCAGUUUCUCAAAAUCAACUCACUGGCGCCAUCCCUCAAGCUAUUGGAAAGCUAAGUUCUUUAGAUACCUUAUAUUUGUCCCAAAAUCAACUCACUGGUCCCAUCCCUGUAUCAAUCGAUAACCUGAGAAAUUUGACGAUUUUAUCUCUUUACAAAAAUGAAUUAUCUGGUUUGUUACCAACAGGAAUCAACAGUCUGACACUGUUAAAGACAUUGUAUUUGACUGAGAAUAAGCUUUUUGGUUAUUUACCUCAAAAUGUAUGUCAAAGCGGAACGCUUGAAAAAUUUCAAGUAGGUAGUAACUAUUUCACGGGUUCCGUACCAAGAAGCCUUAGGAAUUGCACCAGCCUUAAAACUCUCGGGCUUGAAAAUAAUAAACUUGUAGAUAAUGUAACAGAAGCUUUUCACGUGUAUCCAUAUCUAGAUAGGUUUACUGUGCAAAACAACAUGUUGUAUGGUGAACUCUCAAAAGACUGGGGAAAUUGUCAAAAUUUAACAGCAGUAUCUUUCGGAGGGAACAAUAUAACUGGUAGAAUACCAUCUGAACUGGGAAAGUUGAAAAUUUUGAGUGUGGUUGAUCUUAUUUCAAAUAACUUGGUAGGAAAAAUUCCUAAGGAGGUUUUGAAUUUGUCCUCAUUGAUCCAGUUAGAUUUGAGUAAUAACCAUCUUUCUGAUUUUGUUAAAUCUUAG